AGCAUAUAAAGCGCUGCCGUCGGGUCAGGCAGCACUCCUCGCUCCCGGCACUCGGCUGUCACCUGCCUGCCCUCCCGUCCGCCCUCCCUCCCUUCCUCCCGUCUGCCGCCGCGACAUGGCCGUCGACCGCCGCCUGCCGCUGCCCGCGCUGCUGCUGCCGCUGGCCUGCGCGGCCCUGGCCCCGCGCACCCCCACAGAGAAGCAACGUGGCUGCCUGCUGCCUCCCGAGGACGGCCCCUGCCGCGCCCUGGUGCUGCGCUGGUACUACGACAGGUACACGCAGACCUGCCAGGAGUUCACCUAUGGGGGCUGCCACGGCAACGCCAACAACUUCCUCACCCUCGACGACUGUGAGAAGAGCUGCUGGGCCAUCAAGAAAGUGCCCAAAUUGUGCCGGUUGGAGGCUGAUGGAGGACCUUGUAGGAGUCACCUGAAAAGAUAUGCCUUUAACUUGAGCUCAAUGAGGUGUGAGGAGUUCAUCUAUGGUGGCUGUUACGGAAAUGGCAACAACUUCAGAGACUUGCAAUCUUGUGUGGACCACUGUCUGCCAGAGAAAACCGGUCCCUUGCUGUGCCACAGCCCAAAAGAUGAAGGACUGUGUUCUUCUUCUGUGCCUCGCUAUUACUAUGACUCCAAGACUAAGUCAUGUAAGGAGUUCAAAUAUACUGGCUGUGGUGGAAAUGCCAAUAACUUUGUUACUGAAACAGACUGCUACAAGGUCUGCAGAACAGCAGGGACUCCGAAACCAAAAAUCAACAAGCCAAUGAAUGUAUUCCGUAGAAAAAUGAUGAGAAAACUGAUUAAAAAACCUCAAGUGUAUAACCCGAAGUCUUAAAGCUGAUGUGCACUUGGCUGUUUGAAACACCUUAUGAUUCUGCUUUCUUCUUUUGUAAGAUGGUUUCCACAUAGUUUGACACACUGGUGUAGUUCUGUCUUUCAGGACUGCUUUUUAUUUCCAACUUAUUUUUUAUAAAGAACUGCAUUUAAUGUAAGGAGAGUGAACCUAAGUUGGGUUCUUCUGCUCUGUUGUCUUUUCAGUAAUACCUUGGCAAAGCCAGGUAUUUAGAUUUCCAUGUUUUUAUGGGGGAAUGUUACUACUGCCUUGGGAGAAUAUUUCAGCAGUUACAAAUCAAUUAAGAUUUGAAAAAUCAUUCAUCUCUUAGUAUACCUAAGGAGAGUAUUAAGCUAAAUCUCUGCCAUAGAUUUUUCUGGCAUCCUCUGCUUGUUAAAGAAAAGGUACCUCUCAUAAGUGUCUUAAGAGAUUUAUUGCCCUGCCAUUUUACAUACUUUGGCACUAUUAUGUAGGCAGACUGUCCUUUACAGUUCUGUUCAUAAUCAAGGCUUUCAGAAACCUUCAUAAUGGUAAAAGAACUAUAAACAUAAAUCUAGCUCAUCCCACAAGAGAAAAUGGGGAAUAGGGAUACUUUAAUAAAACCUCUGAUAAAGACAAUGAAUAAGCUACUUAGGUAUUAAAAUGUACAUUUGACAUUUUUGCUAAGUUAUAGUCCAGAUCCUUGCAUGGCAUAGAUCAGCAUAUUUUUAUUGAUUUUAAUGGAGUUAUGCUGAUUGCGUCUCCUGAGGAUCCUGAUAUUUGCAUUUAUGCAGUGGCUGUUGAAGCAGAAAAGCAGAAUCUUCUUCAGAUUUCAUGUAAUCCCUCUUUUGAGGCGCUAUUGUAUUUCUUAUGGUAGAUUAUACCUAUGGUGGUAUUAUUGCACCUUCUUUUAUGUUUUGUGUUUGAGCCAUGUGUGAGUUUCAAUAAAUUUCACUACAAUAUUUUCUAAAUUCAUAGGUAAUGUUAAUAAAAUGGUUUUGAAUACAAAAGGAGAACUUGUUCUGUCAUUAUCCUAAAUUAGUUGUACACACUAAUAUGUGUAAUGGUACCUAUUAUUUGCUCAUUAUGGCUGUAGCAGAGUUUAAUUAUCUCUUAAAUAAUUUCCUUAUACUGAGGUCUUUAUUUGAAGAAAGCCAUAAAAUUGCAUUGAUGUCAUUCAUCCCCAGCAGUUUUUAUGGCUCAGCUGCAACUCCCUAAAGAACCACUCUCCAAGGGGUGCUUAGUUAAGCUGAUUGUCUGCUUGUGGGUCUCCUCUUUGAUGUUGCAAUACCUGAGGAGCUUUUGUGAGGGCAGUAGGCUAUUUGCUUGAAAUGGCACUGAAUUUCAGUUAGAAAAAUCCAAGUGUGUGCUUUAUCCAUAUUUCAGAGAGGGAACAUGAUGGGGAAAGUAGUCAAGAUUUGAUUUUUAUUACUGAUUUUUCUCUCACCCCUGGAUUUUCAGUUAAAGCAGUUGGCUUGCUUUCAU